AUGGGUGAAGUAACGUUUACAACUAGUGCUUAUGCAAAAAUGAUUCUUCACGCAGCCAAAUAUCCACAUUGUGCUAUUAACGGCAUUCUCCUCGCGGAUGGUAGUAAAGUUAAAGAUGAUGCUAAAAACCCAGACCUUGAUAUUGUGGACGCUAUGCCUUUAUUCCACCAUAGUCAUAACCUAACACCAAUGGCUGAAGUGGCUCUAACACAGAUAGAUAACAUGGCUCAGACAGAUAAUCGUAUAAUAGUAGGAUAUUAUGCUGCUUGUGAAAACUAUAAUGACAGCAGUGUUGAGAAGUGUCCAAGUACAAAAAUUGCUGAGAAAAUAGCAGAAUUCUUCCCAUCUGCACUUUUUGCUGUGAUUGAAAAUAAAAAGUUAGCCAGAAAUAUGACAUCACCAGCCUUAAAAAUUCAUCGAUUUAAUGAUGGAAAGUGGAAACUUCAAGAAACUAGUAAAUUAUUGUUCCCUCCCCCUCUACAGCAAUCUGAAGUUUUAGAGUUAGUGUCACAUUUACUCCAGUGGGAAGCAUCUAAGGAUUUGGUUGACUUUGACAAUUAUCUAGACGAUAUGUCACAAGAUUGGAGCAAUGUUGGUAUUGAAAAGAUGGUUCAGAAGGUUACAGAAAAAUUUGAGGCUUAA